UGAGGCUUUAUCUCUGGCCGUUGGUCCCAUCAUCCUCUGUGGCACCAGCUCCCUCGGCCAGCCAGGAUGGGGCAGUCAACUGAGAGCCAGAGCCACAGAGGUAAUGGUGACUUCAGCCUGGGCUAAAAGGAAUGAGACUCUGGGCCUGCGGCUGACGAGCAGAUGGUGGAGGUACCAGGUCAUGAUCUGUAUCCUCUGACCUCUAAAACUGACGUUCUGUCCUGACCUGCUUACCCAAGCCAUGUCUGAACCAGCCCGAGCCUCCACAAGCCAGGAGCUGCCCCCAGGCGUGCUGGCCGAACAGGUGGAGCUUUGGUGGUCCCAGCAGCCACGGCGCUCCUUGUUCUGCUUCACUGUGGCUGUGGGCCUUGUGGCAGGCUGUGGGGCAGGCGGCGUGGCACUGCUGUCCUCCACCAGUAGCCGCUCUGGUGAGUGGCGCCUAGCAACAGGAACCGUGCUCUGCCUGCUGGCCCUGCUGGUUCUGGUAAAGCAGCUGAUGAGCUCAGCUGUGCAGGACAUGAACUGCAUACGCCAAGCCCACCACGUGGCCCUGCUGCGCAGUGGUGGAGGAGCCGAUGCCUUAGUGGUGCUGCUCAGUGGCUUGGUGCUGCUGGUCACUGGCCUGACCUUGGCUGGGCUGGCUGCUGCACCUGCCCCUGCUCGGCCCCUGGCCGCCAUGCUGUCAGUGGGCAUUGCCCUGACCGCAUUGGGCUCAUUCCUGCUGCUGGGCUUGCUGCUGUAUCAAGUAUGUGUGAGUGGACACUGCCCUCCCCUCCACGGGGCAGCCUCUGGGGUGCCCCGUGGUGGCACUAGCAGCAUCUUCAGCAUCUCAGGACAGCUGUCUGCUGGCCAGCGCCAUGAGACCACAUCCAGUGUCGCCAGCCUCAUCUGACCAGCCAGAGCCCUCCUUCGCACAACCUUCUUUGGUGUCUACAGAACUCUGCCAAGGCAUGUGCUCACACGUGCAUGAGUGUGUGUGUGUGUGGUGUGUGUGUGUGUCCGUCCCAGGGCCUUCUGUGUAUGUCAGCGCUUCUGUGGGACUGUGUGAUCCAGAACCACAUAUCCAUAGCGUGGGAAAGUGAGUGUGUCCCUUCUUAAAACUGUGUUUGUGUCCAUGAACUGUCCCUCUGCCUGUCUGGGGCUGGGGUCCCUAGGCAGAGAAACGUCUAUGACCCCUGAAGAUUCUUGACUCCUAUUUCCAACACUCCUCAUCUCCAGUUCACCUUGUAAUACCUGCCAGGUAUUACAUAGGUGUUUCCAUAGAGAUUGUCUUUUCCCCGCCCCUGGGACUGCACCUGCGACUGCUCAUCGAGAAGAGUUCUGCGGGUAAAGCAGAGGGAACGUUGGCUCCAGACUAAGAUGCACCUGGAGUGGAAUCUUGCUUUGAACACUUUGCAGCUGGGCAACUCGAGCAAGUCAUUUACCCUCACUAGGCUGUUUCUUGAGGUUCAGGUUGCCAUCAACUGUGAGGAGCAAAUGUCAUCAUGAAUGGAAGGACUGGCUCAUAGCAGAUGUGCAAUAAAACAGGGCUGCUAUUGUCAUUGUCAUUGU